ACUCCCAAAACGGCACCGUCACAAAAAAAACAUCACUGUUUCCACUGAAGAGCCCCGCCUAGAACAAUGCACGAAACCAUUGCCUAAUUUCUCUCAUUCAAAACGGCGUCGCACAGUCACAGUCAAUGCCAGAGUCCAAGUCGGAAAGGUGGCAAUGGGAGAACGCCACCGCAGGCGCCGUUGCCGGAUUCGCCACUGUCGCCGCCAUGCACCCCCUCGACGUUGUCCGUACCAGGUUUCAAGUUAACGAUGGCCGAGUCUCCAAUCUUCCAAGCUACAAGAACACCGCUCACGCUAUUUUCACAAUAGCUCGCUUGGAGGGUUUGAGGGGGCUAUACGCAGGCUUCUAUCCUGCAGUUCUUGGGUCAACUGUUUCUUGGGGUUUAUAUUUCUUCUUCUAUGAUAGAGCAAAACAAAGGUAUUCAAAAAACAAGGGGGAGAAGCUGAGUCCUGGUGAACAUCUUGCUUCUGCUGCAGAAGCAGGAGCUUUGGUUUGUUUGUGCACGAAUCCUAUUUGGCUUGUAAAAACAAGAUUGCAGCUUCAGACACCUCUUCAUCAAACUCGACCAUAUUUUGGGCUUUAUGAUGCUUUAAGAACCAUAAUUAGAGAGGAAGGAUGGAGUGCACUGUACAAAGGGAUUGUUCCUGGUCUUUUUCUACAGGUUUCUCAUGGUGCUAUUCAGUUCACAACAUAUGAGGAACUCCGUAAGGUUAUUGUUGACUUGAAGUCUAAAGGGAGCAAAAAGGAUUCUGAAAGUGAUGAUAAACUGUUGAAAUCAGUUGAUUAUGCUGUUCUGGGUGCAUCCUCAAAAAUUGCUGCCAUUCUUCUGACGUAUCCAUUCCAGGUUGUACGAGCUCGAUUGCAGCAACGACCCAGUAGUGAUGGAAUUCCAAGAUAUAUGGAUAGCUGGCAUGUUGUGAAGGAAACUGCACGGUUUGAGGGUGUUCGAGGUUUUUACAAGGGCAUAACACCAAACCUUCUGAAAAAUGUUCCUGCUGCUUCAAUAACAUUUAUUGUGUAUGAAAAUGUCCUCAAGUUGCUAAAAAAUGCAAGGACGGACUGAAAUUUCUUUUUGUUCUCAGUUGCCCUUUAAUUCUUUCUGUAGCCUACUUUGAUAUUUGUGAGGUUGAAAAUGUGGUGAUAAAAAGUUUUGGCAUGUAGACAAUUCUCUGCAAAUUAUUUGAAGUGCAUCUUUUAGUUUC